UUAUUUUGUUGAUUGAUAGUUUUGUCCUUUGAUCACAUAAACUAUUACACUAAAUAUUUAGUAUAAUGUAUAUUAUUUUGAUCAAAUGUUUUGCCUAUAACAUACUAUAGUUUAUCCAAGGUAUAAGAUAUCAAUAAUAUUAUGAUCAUAGCCAACUAACGUAUUGCCAUUAUUACUUAUUAUAUAGUUAAUGUUACGAAUAUAGAUGCUAUCUUUAUUCGUGGUUAAUGUUAAUAGUUAUAGUUAUAUUUGUAUUAUUAUAUAAUACACACUAGUCACUACACAGUGAGAUAUUGAGAUUACCGAAACCGGCGAAAUCCAUUUGUUUAAGUAUAAAUAAAUAAAUAAUUUUAUUAAAGUGUUUUUAAAGUGCAUUUAUUUGUUUAAUUUGUGUUAACUAUCUGUUGCGUUAUCUCAGAUGGGUUCUACAACGACCAACAAAUUGAAACCGGACAUCUCCGAUUAUGUCAAACUGAACAUAGGUGGAUCAUUGUUUUACACUACUAUUACUACUCUAUCAAAACUUGAUUCAAAGCUUCUUGAUUUAGUAUUAUCAGAAGCAGCUGAUAAUAAUUGUAAUUCAUCUGAAUCUGAAGGUAUGUUAGAUGGUUCAGUAUGUUAAACAAAAUUUGUAUUAUAUUAGAUAUCUUUUAAUUUAACUAAUGAUCCAAUAGGUUGGGUGUUUAUCGAUCGAUGUGGCAAACAUUUUGGAACAAUACUCAAUUUUCUCCGUGAUGGAUCCGUACCAUUACCCGAGUCUUCUGUAGAAAUAUCUGAAAUACUAGCCGAAGCCAAGUUUUAUGGUGUUUUUGAGUUAUUUGAUGCUUGUGAACAGGCCUUACAAAAGAAAAAAAAUAGAAAUACAAAUAUAACUUGGGUAACAUUGAUAACUUCUCAAAAUGAAGCAACAAAAUUGAUUUCUAUAUCAUUGAAGGUAUUUAUUUUUAUUUUACUUUAAAUAUUUGAAUUUUUAUCCGUGUAUUAGAUUUUAAAAAAUAUAGGAUAAGAAAAAAAUUACAAGUUAAAAAAUAAUAUAUUUAUGAUACUAAGCAUAAUAUUUUAUAUUUAUUAGGUAUAUUAAAUGGGCUUAGGUUAAUCAAGGCUUAUUUACUUUAUUCUAAAGGAUAUUAUGUUAAUACAAAUUAACAUAGGUUAUCUCAAUAUGUGUUUAUAUCUAAGAAUAAGAUUAACUUUGGUAAAUUAACUACACUACUAUUAUUAUAAUUACGAUAAUAAAAAUAUAAUACUGAAGUACUGAGAGAGUAUUACAAGAGAAUGAUGAACUAACGUUAUUUACAAAGAGAAAAUUAUAAUGUAUAUAAGUGUCGAUAAAGAUUCUUCAAAGAUAUAUUAUUCCACUUUAUAAUUUUCUUGAAUAUACACUUACGUGCAACUAAAUUGACUCACUCCUCUAGUAUGUACAAAAAAGGAAAUAUUUUUACUUUACGAUGAUAUCAUUAUCAUGGAAGUAUGUAUAAUAUUUUUCAAACUAACGUUAUUUGAACUUUAUAGUAGCAAUAUAAUCUAUUAAUCAAAAAUUUCCUGCCUUUAUCUAUAUUAUUCUACGUACACUGUCUCAUUUUUCAUUUUGUCAUAUUAAUCACUUAUCGGACAUUGAUCUAAAUACAUCUUUAGAAUUUGUAUUUAUUGUUUUUGCAAAACCAUGGAUACUAUGACAGACUAAUCUUCAACAGUUAUUGAUUUGUUGCACGCAAGAUUUAGUCAACAAGAAGUACCUUAUCGACUAAACCUGAGUCAAUCUACUGUCUUAAGAGUAUUCAGAAUACUUUUUAACUAAAUCAGAUUAAAAAAAAAACAAAAUUUGAAAUGCUAAAAGAAUUAUUUCCAUACAUUUUCCAAUACUACGUAUUUUUUGGUUUUACUCAAUUAUUAAAAAAACUACUUUCUUACUCACAGACUAGAUUAAAAAUGCAACAUAUAAAGUUAUUUUUCUAUUAGAGCAAUGUUUAUGGUAGAAAACAUAAACUGUACAAAUUUAAAAUACUAAAAUUGUGCUGUAAUUUGAAAAAAUACCAAAAACGUGGUUAUAUGUUAAAAAGAACAAAAUCGAUCUUAUGUCAUUUUUCAAUUGGAACAAUAUUUCUGGUAAAAAACAUAAGUUUUCAAAAAUGAAAACAAUGAAAUUGGUAACAACACGCUAUAAAUAUUUAUCAUUUUACUUAUAAUUUUUUUGUGGGGGUUUUCCUAUUUAUUUAGAAAAUCUUUUGAAAAAUAAAAAAAAAUACCCAUUUAAUUCACCAAUUAGAUCAAAUUUCCUUUUAGAAAAGGUACUUUACUCUAUACAUAGGAGCAAGAUUUCUUUUUAAAAAGUUGUUUACAGACAGAAAAAAAAACACAUAGUAAAACCAAUAAAUCCCUAUCGCUAUGUUCUUAUUCUAAAAUACAUAUAUUCUUGUUCCAUAGAAUGUUUGCUUCAGUUAAAAUAAUUCCAGUACACUAUAGAUGUCUACUUUUAAAAUAACUUGGUACAUAGUUUAUGAAUUUGAUACUUACAUAUUUCAAUUUAAGAUUAAAGUGUAUAAUAAUGUAUAGGAUAAUUAUUUAUUUUAAUUAAUUAAUUAAUUAUUAUAUCUAAUGUUUUAAUUAAAUUUGUAUUAAAUUAUAAAUAAUAUAUGAAGUAUAAACUGAAAACACAUCAAAAGUUAUAUUUUAUACAAGUAUUAGGUAGGGGGUGCAAUUCUUAGUAUAAUAAUUUAUUAUGAAAUAAUGGACAUUAUCCUGUAAUUGUAUUGCUAUAAUUAUAUAUUAUUUUGGAUAUAUAUAUAUAUAUAAAUAUUUAUUUUUUUAUCCAGCCUGUGGUUAAGUUUGCUAUCAAUCGACACAACAAUAAAUAUUCCUAUACUAGGUAUGUUUUUAUAUAUUUGUACCUAAAUUUAAUUAAUUGUAUCUUGAAUUUAUAUCUAAUCUUUAUAUUUAUUGUUCAAUAGUGCUUCUGAUGAUAAUUUGUUGAAAAAUAUUGAGCUUUUUGAUAAAUUAGCCGAAAAACAUAAGGAACGCGGUCUAUUCAUUAAAGAUGUAAUAGGAUCAAACGAAAUUUGCUGUUGGACAUUUUAUGGUCCUGGAGGAGCUGUAAAAAAAGUGGCUGAAGUAUGUUGUACCUCAAUAGUGUAUGCUACAGAUAAAAAACAUACAAAGGUAAUUACAUUUUGUAUUUAAAAUUUAUCUUAAAAUACACCUAUUAAUGUUUUGUUGUAGGUAGAUUUCCCAGAGACACGUAUUUUAGAAGAGACUAUGAAUGUCAUGCUGUUGGACACAAGAGCCAAUAAGUCUGUACAGGAACACGAACUAAUUGAAGCUACAUCAAGUUCUUACAGAAAUUGUUGUUGCUCGUGUUCAAAUCAAUGUUCAGAGGUACAAUUAUAGUGAAGUAUUACCAGUAUAUAAGAAAAUACCUUAUUACUGUGAUGUGUUAUGUAAAAAUGACAAAACCUUUUUUAAAAUACAUUACUGUAAAUCAAAUUUAACAUUUUAAUCCUAUUUCAUAGACAUUGUGUGAUUGAUGUUGUUUUACAUUGGCAUAUGAUAUACAUCAGGCAUAAAACUGAUAUUAGCAGUGGAUUAGUAUUGUUUAUAUAUAUAUAUA